AUGGCCUCUUAUCAUCAGUGUAUGCUUUUCUAUACAGAUAGACUGAAUCUGAAAAGGGCUUCUGAAUACAAUUAUCUUAGUCAUAGCGACUGCUUGGUAAUCAAUGAUGUCGAUGAUGCUCGGAAAUUUCAGAUGCUAAUGGAAGCCUUAAAUACUGUUCGAAUUUGUAAAGAAGAUCAAGAGCAUGCAUUUGAGAUGCUUGCUGCGGUGCUGUGGCUGGGAAACAUAUCAUUUCAAGUCGUUGACAAUGAGAAUCAUGUACAGGUUGUGGCUGAUGAAGGUAAGAUCUAUUUGCUUGGGUUGGUAGGAUGCUACAUUUUCGAUGAUUUUCCUGCAACCAAUGUUCUUUCAAAGGACAUUUAUCGCUAG